CUACGUCUGUUUUUACUAAAACAGGAAGUGUUUUUAAACGAAGUCUGACGUAGUUCCAGUUUUUAUUGAUGAGAAUAGACCAUUUAAAAUGAUUUAACCUUUCAUCUAGUAAAGCAUUCAUGAUAAACUCUUGAAUUUAUGUUUUAACAUCCUGUUCCUACAAAGAAAAAUGAAAUAGUUCAUGUUUAGUUUAUUAUUGAUCAGCUAAGAAAAUGCACAUCAUUUUUAGUGAUUUAAUAAAAAUCAUUUUUUUGAGUUCAUAAUUUUGGCCCACUCCUCAGUCAUGAUGCUGCCACCGCCGUGCCUCAGCAGAACAACUGAACCUCAUUAAUCGGGUUUUUAUUGAACAUGUUUGAUUUCUGCUGAAUUUGAUCACCUGCAGUUUUUAACUUUCCUUUCCAAGAACCGAACCUUCCUGUAGUGUUCAAAUGGACCUUCACCAGUGGUUCUCUGGGCUUUCUGGAGGUCAAUCCAGGGUCAUCUUCGGAGAAGAAAUGUUCAGAAAACCUGGAGAAUUUUAAGUUUGUCUCCUUGGAAAGAACAACUGGACCAGAACUUUACCAGAAUCAUCUGCCUUGCUGAACAAAUUCAUGUUUACGUCAGUGGGAAAUGACAUUAAAAUAAUCUAGAAUAUUUUCAGCCAGAGGACGUUUGGAGGUGGAUCUGCUGUAACUGAAUCUCUGCUCCGCUGCAGGUUUUCAGCCUGAAAGCAGCUUUGUUCUCUGGCUGCAGGUCAGCGUCACACUGACCCAGUAAGAGCCAAACAGAACCACCGCAUGUGACAGAACCUUAGCUUUCUGAUCCAGACUCACACAGAUCCAACAGAACCGACCGGUCGGACCCGUGGUUCUUCUCCUGAGCAGCUGGAGGAGCCUCUGCAGGGAUCCGUUAACCUUUCCCUGCGACCUCCCGUUUCAUUAGACGUGUUGACGUGCGGUCUCUACGUGGAGCGUGACCUCGACGGGCGGACGGGUUCGGCUUCCUGCUGCAGAGCUGGAGAUGUUCCUGAAGCCCAGCUGCACCAGUGCACCGAGUGGCCAGCAGAGGGCAGUGAUGCUCCGCUUCAACAGCACCGAGCUGCAGUCUCUCCUGCUCUCCGUCCUGCAGCACUGCCUCAACAGCAGCGGCCUCCAGCGGCCCGGGAACCACACUACCCAUGAUGCUUUGCAGCAGGCGGUGGCCUCCGCCAGAGGUCGCCCUCAGCCUGACGAGCUGAUGUUCAUCCUGCUGGUGGUCGGCCUCUUCAGCUUCUUCACCUUCGGCAUCAUGCUGAGCUACAUCCGCUCCAAGAAGCUGGAGGGCUCCCAGGACCCGUACCACCAGUACAUCGCCCACGACUGGAGCGCCGUGGCGGGGCCGCCCAGGGCCGUAGCCGAGGCCCUGCAGCGGGGGGCCCAGGACCCGGUGGUCCUCUGCAACCCUGUGGCUCUGCAGCCGCUGCCACAGUAAAACGACGAUUCUCCAGACCUGGAGGAUCAUCUGAGG